AUGUCGGGGUCCUACGAUGAAUCUGCUGCUGCUGCUGACGACGCUAUGGACAGCUUUUGGGAGGUACUUCAGAAACACCAUCCAUACAGGUCAUCUGGUCUAUGAAGGAAAACCUAUAGGCCUUUAUCAGCCAAGUCACACACAACGAUCCCUCUUUAGGAGACAUGAGUCAUAGGCAUCUCUGGCCAACAUUCUCCUCUCUCUGUUUGAAAACGUUCUUGACAACUGAAAACAUGAUACUAUAGGUUGUGUAAUUUCAUUUCCAUGAGGAUCCAUAGGAAUAUGGUUGGUUAAUCCAGUACGUUGGUGUUGUUGCACAGAAAAUAUCCAAUUAGUGCUAAUGAAUUCACUAUAGCGCACUAUAGAGUCCCUUUUGUGUCAUCGUAGGAGGAGGGUCACAGAGACAGACAGAGCCUCUCAGUUAGAAGCAGCACUGAGGCAGCCAUUCAGCCCACAUGCACCUGCCCUAAGAUCUAUAUACGGCCAAGAAAGCUCUGGCCACAGCAUACUGAAUAGCAUAAUGACUCUCGUAGGUCUAGAUGUUUUGUUUUAAAAUGAAAAACAGACACUGUACCCCACACCAGUCCCUCCCAGCCUAGUGCCCAUCCUCUCUGAGUGGACUGAGUGGUCUGUGUCUGUGGGCUGCAUUCCUGUCUCUGCCUCAUCCUGUCAGUGUCCUAUCCCUGAUAAUCUGUCUGCCUGCAUUAGAGCAGAGUAAAGGAUUAUAGCAGUCAGUGCACGAGCACUCGCACAGGGACGUGCACACACAGGGACACACACACAUACAUGCGCGGGCCAUUACACACACAAAGCCGCUGCCAUUGCAUAACUACACAUGCACAGGCACGAGCCGUCUGUCCCCCUCCCCCUCCCUCUGUCAUGCACCAUGAGCUCACGCCCCCUGCAGGCACUGGGGGGAGGGGCCUCAGAGGUCAGUACUGACUAUGUUAAGGUGGCAUCUCUUAAGGUGGUAUGAGAAUGAUGAAAGUGAGUACAGGUGAUUCUUUAUUGUUACUCAAGAGUAUUAGUAGAUAAUAUAUAAUUUUCAUCACUACACCAGAGUUAUUUUAUCUCCAUUUCUUAUUUGACUCUCUCAAGAGAGAAAAUGAUUUUACAGUUUAUGUUGGCCCCUCAGAUUAGUUAUUUCCAUCUAAAGAUAUCUUAGUGCUCUUAGAGAUUUGGCAUAUUGAGAAUUGCACUUGCACAUUUUAGAUGUUUUUUGUGUGCAAAUGACUGCAAUCAUUGAUAUGUAGGGAAGCCUUCUGUUUUGCUCUUGUACCUCUAUAGUCUAACCUCCUCUGACCAUUCUCAGGUGGGGAACUACAAGCGUGCCGUCAAGCGGAUUGACGACGGCCACCGGCUCUGCAAUGACCUCAUGGGCUGCCUUCAAGAACGUGCCAAGAUUGAGAAGUCCUAUGGUGACCAGCUGACCGCCUGGUCCAAGAGAUGGAGACAGCUGAUCGAGAAAGGCCAGUAUUGGGAUUGGAGGGGUUCAAUCAAUGAACCAAACCCUACUGUGUUGAUUAGAAGCUACUCAUAUGGUGGUGUCUGUUUUGAGGUCUUCAUCCAAUGUUAAAUUCAUUUGAUUUAACUCACUGCUCAGCUCCACUUGUCCCGAUUGUAUUGUGAGUGUUUUCUGUAAGAUGAUGAGGCUUAGCUUGUGCGAGCUGGAACGGCUCAUAGGAGCAGGAGCCUAUCUCUUGUUUCUGUAGCGUGAGGCAGCUUGAUGUACAAGUACACCCCCUGGACAGGACGAUAGUCUAUCGCAGGGCCUUACCCCCAAUCUAUCUCCUUAAUGCUGAAGGACAAGCAGAGACGCAUCGGGUCCCAUUUCUACAGUCUUUGGUAUGACUCGGUUGGGGAUCGAACUCCCAACCUUCCAAUCUCAGGGUGGACACUAACCACAAGGCCACUGAGUUGGUCACAUUCAUAUUUUCAAUCAUAUUUUCUUCCACCUAUAUGUUUUGAUUGAAUGUCCCCCUGUGAUAUUGUCUAACCCCAGGACCCCAGUAUGGCACUGUGGAGAGGGCGUGGCUGGGUGUGAUGACCGAGGCUGAAAAGGUGAGUGAGCUGCACCAGGAGGUGAAGAACAGCCUGCUCAACGAAGACCUGGAGAAGGUCAAGAACUGGCAGAAGGAGGCCUACCACAAGCAGAUGAUCGGAGGCUUCAAGGAGGCCAAAGAGGCCGACGAGGGCUUCAAGAAGGCCCAGAAACCAUGGGCCAAGAAGCUCAAAGAGGUAAGUGGACAGGAAGGGAAGGGAAUCUGUUGUAUCCUCCUUAUUGCAACAUCAUGUGUACUUGCAUUGCUAACAUGAAUAUCAAUAACUUUUAGAGUGAUCGGGAAAACCACUUUAUUAUUAAAUACAAAGUGGACAAUUCAGUGACUGUAUGAAUGUGAGUAGGUAUUUGACACACUUGGCUGUCUUCAUGACUGACCUCUGAGACUACAACUGGUUGAUUAGUCCAUUUGGUUGUGCGUCAGUCUGUCUGGCUACAAAGGUACUGCAUGGGGGUAGGAUGGGUGACGCAGACAUUACACAGCUGUCAUUGGACUGGGACCCACUGGAGUCAGGCCUAAUAGUGUUUAGGCCAACAUUAAAACAUUGGCCAUUUGAGCUACCAAACAGCUAGGUACUAUAGCUACAGCACCGGAGAAGAUGGCUGCCGUUUUACAGCCCUCUAACCAAUUGUACUAUUAUGUGUGUUUUUCCGCGUUAUUUGUAAUUUAUUUUGUACAUAAUGUUUCUGCCAUCGUCUCUUAUAACCAAAAAGAGCUUCUGGAUAUCAGGACAGCGAUUACUCACCUCCUAUUGGACGAAGAUUUUUUCUUCAACGAGGCGGCCGCGAAGGAUAUCAUACAGACACCCGACAAGGCCCAAAUCCCCGUCAUUCGCGUGAGGAAGAGACGGAGAUAUCGUGGACGUAGAUCGGGGUGCCUUGUAAGGAUCCGACGGCGAGCGAGUAAACUGCCUCUUCCAUCAAUCCUAUUAGCCAAUCUUCAAUCAUUGGAUAACAAAUUGGAUGACCUAAGAUUACGGUUAUCCUACCAACGGGACAUUAAAAACUGUAAUAUCUUAUGUUUCACCGAGUCGUGGCUGAACGACGACAUGGAUAACAUACAGCUAGCGGGCUAUACGCUACAUCGGCAGGAUAGAACGGCUGACUCCGGUAAGACAAGGGGUGGCGGUCUGUGUAUAUUUGUAAACAACAGCUGGUGCACAAAAUCAAAUACUAAGGAAGUCUCGAGGUUUUGCUCGCCUGAGGUAGAGUAUCUUAUGAUAAGCUGUAGACCACACUAUUUACCAAGAGAGUUUUCAUCUAUAUUUUUCAUAGCUGUCUAUUUACCACCACAAACCAAUGCUGGCAUUAAGAUUGCACUGAAUGAGUUGUACAAGGCCAUAAAUCAACAGGAAAACGCUCAUCCAGAUGCAGCGCUCCUAGUGGCCGGGGACUUUAAUGCAGGGAAACUUAAAUCCGUUCUACCUAAUUUCUACCAGCAUGUUAAAUGUGCAACCAGAGGAAAAAAAACUCUAGACCACCUUUACUCCACACACAGAGACGCAUACAAAGCUCUCCCUCGCCCUCCAUUUGGCAAAUCUGACCAUAACUCUAUCCUCCUGAUUCCUGCUUAUAAGCAAAAACUAAAGCAGGAAGCACCAGUGACUCGGUUAAUAGAAAAGUGGUCAGAUGACGCAGAUGCUAAGCUACAGGACUGUUUUGCUAGCACAGACUGGAACAUGUUCCGGGAUUCUUCAGACAGCAUUGAGGAGUACACCACAUCAGUCACUGGCUUCAUCAAUAAGUGCAUCGAUGAUGUCGUCCCCACAGUGACCGUACGUACAUACCCCAACCAGAAGCCAUGGAUUACAGGAAACAUCCGCACUGAGCUAAAGGGUAGAGCUGCCACUUUCAAGGAACGGGACUCUAACCCGGACGCUUAUAAGAAAUCCCGCUAUGCCCUCCGACGAACCAUCAAACAGGCAAAGAGUCAAUACAGGACUAAGAUUGAAUCGUACUACACUGGCUCUGACGCUCGUCGGAUGUGGCAGGGCUUGAAAACUAUUACAGACUACAAAGGGAAGCACAGCCGCGAGCUGCCCAGUGACACAAGCCUACCAGACGAGCUAAACCACUUCUAUGCUCGCUUCGAGGCAAGCAACACUGAAGCAUGCAUGAGAGCACCAGCUGUUCCGGAUGACUAUGUGAUCACGCUCUCCGUAGCCGAUGUGAGUAAGACUUUUAAGCAGGUCAACAUUCACAAGGCCGCAGGGCCAGACGGAUUACCAGGACGUGUACUCCGAGCAUGUGCUGACCAACUGGCAAAUAUCUUCACUGACAUUUUCAACAUGUCCCUGACUGAGUCUGUAAUACCAACAUGUUUCAAGCAGACCACUAUAGUCCCCGUGCCCAAGGACUCUAAGAUAACCUGCCUAAAUGACUACCGACCCGUAGCACUGACGUCUGUAGCCAUGAAGUGCUUUGAAAGGCUGGUCAUGGCUCACAUCAACAGCAUUAUCCCAGAAACCCUAGACCCACUCCAAUUUGCAUACCGCCCCAACAGAUCCACAGAUGAUGCAAUCUCUAUUGCACUCCACACUGCCCUUUCCCACCUGGACAAGAGGAACACCUACGUGAGAAUGCUAUUCAUUGACUACAGCUCAGCAUUCAACACCAUAGUGCCCUCUAAGCUCAUCACUAAGCUAAGGAUCCUGGGACUAAACACCUCCCUCUGCAACUGGAUCCUGGACUUCCUGACCCCCAGGUGGUAAGGGUAGGUAACAACACAUCUGCCACACUGAUCCUCAACACGGGGGCCCCUCAGGGGUGCGUGCUCAGUCCCCUCCUGUACUCUCUGUUCACCCAUGACUGCAUGGCCAGGCACGACUCCAACACCAUCAUUAAGUUUGCCGACGACACAACAGUGGUAGGCCUGAUCACCGACAACGAUGAGACAGCCUAUAGGGAGGAGGUCAGAGACCUGGCCGUGUGGUGCCAGGACAACAACCUCUCCCUCAACGUGACCAAGACAAAGGAGAUGAUUGUGGACUACAGGAAAAAAAAAGAGGACUGAGCACGCCCCCAUUCUCAUCGACGGGGCUGUAGUGGAACAGGUUGAGAGCUUCAAGUUCCUUGGUGUCCACAUCACCAACGAACUAUCAUGGUCCAAACACACCAAGACAGUCGUGAAGAGGGCACGACAAAGCCUAUUCCCCCUCAGGAGACUGAAAAGAUUUGGCAUGGGUCCUCAGAUCCUCAAAAAAUUCUACAGCUGCACCAUCGAGAGCAUCCUAACUGGUUGCAUCACCGCCUGGUAUGGCAACUGCUUGGCCUCCGACCGCAAGGCACUACAGAGGGUAGUGCGUACGGCCCAGUACAUCACUGGGGCCAAGCUUCCUGCCAUCCAGGACCUCUAUACCAGGCGGUGUCAGAGGAAGGCCCUCAAAAUUGUCAAAGACUUCAGCCACCCUAGUCAUAGACUGUUCUCUCUGCUACCGCACGGCAAGCGGUACCGGAGUGCCGGUACCGCUUAUGCAUAGUCACUUUAACUCUACCCACAUGUACAUAUUACCUCAACUACCUCAACUAGCCGGUGCCCCCGCACAUUGACUCUGCAACGGUACCCCCCUGUAUAUAUAGCCUCCCUACUGUUAUUUUAUUUUACUUCUGCUCUUUUUUUUCUCAACACUUUUUUUGUUGUUGUUUUAUUUUAUAAAUGCACUGUUGGUUAAGGGCUGUAAGUAAGCAUUUCACUGUAAUGUCUGCACCUGUUGUAUUCGGCGCAUGUGACCAAUAAAAUGUGAUUUGAUUUGAUUUAUGUGUUAGUUCUGUUUUGUGUACCAUAAUGACUCUUGCUGCGUCACUCAUCCAAGCUGAGCAUCAGAGAAGAACAUUGCCCUUGCAACAAUAACUAAAUUAAGCCACCGGCAUGCUUAGAUUUAAUAGUAUUUUUACUAUUUAUCUAUAGGGAUACUAAGAUUCUAUACGUGCUUCCACAGAUGGAGACUGCUAAGAAAACGUACCACAUGGCGUGUAAGGAGGAGAAACUGGCCGCAACCCGAGAGGCAGACGGGAAGACACAGGCCUCCGUCACAACUGACCAGCAGAAGAAACUCCACGAGAAAACAGACAAGUGCAAACAUGACGUGCAGAAGGUGAGACAGCGAGGCUCAGGGUCCAACAAAUGGAAAAAAAUGACAUGACAACCUUUUUUGUACAAAUGUAUGAAAAUGUAAGACUUCCAGCAGAAUUUACGCCAUACAAUUUGACGUUGUGCAUAUCAAACAUUUACAUUUACAUUUUAGUCAUUUAGCAAACACUCUUAUCCAGAGUGACUUACAGUUGGUGCAUUCACCUUAAGAUAGCUAGGUGAGACAACCACAACCAAACAGGUGACAAUUCAAUUUUAUCUAGUGUCAUUCCAACUGUUUGAAAAUAUAUAUAGUGCUAUUAACACUGUGGUGAGUGUGUGUGCUAUUGCAGUAUACUAAGUACAUCAUAUCUCAAACAGACUGAUCAUUAUUUUGAGUAUCUGUUUCUGUUAGUGGCUCAAGUGAAAUAAAGCUGUGAAAAAACAGAAUCAAUGCAGGACUAUUUAGGACGACUCAGUGAGAUUACCGUGGUGAUCACACAGGACAUAAUCCAGCAGGGUGGAUCUCCCACUAUUCACGGAGCCCUGGUAAUGACAAAAGCAGAUUACUCUGAGCCAGGGAGAGUAAGGUGCUUACAGUAUAAACAUACGGUGUACGGAUGCAGGUUGCUUGGUAUUCAACCCAGAGUGCAAAAUGUCUGAUUGUAAUGGCGUCAUAAUGACAUCAUUAUCUGUCAGAGCUGAUGUUGUCCUUAUCAUCCCCCAGGCUAAGGAGAAGUAUGAGAAGUCUCUGUCGGAGCUGAGUGCUGUCACGCCCCCAUACCAGGAGAGCAUGGAGCAGGUGUUUGACCAGUGCCAGCAGCAUGAGGUCAAGAGGCUCACCUUCCUCAAGGAGAUCCUGCUGGACAUUAAACGCCACCUCAAUCUCACUGAGAACCAAAGGUCAGUGACUGGUGUUGUCCUCUAUCGUCCCAUACUUACUGUAGCCCAUGCUCUAUUACAUAACCUAUAUCAACCUAUCUUCCCACAUGGCCUUUGAAUGAAAGGGUUACAGAGGAAAACAUUUCAGUUGGUACAGUAUCAGACCUGUGUUCAAAUACUAUUUAGGGUAUUUCAAUUACUUUUAAAGACAUUUUGAAGUAAAUAUUUUGAUAUUUUUUCUUGGAAAAUAAAAGUAGUUGAAUAUUGGAAUGUCUUUGGAAAUACACUUGGAAAAGUAUUGGCGUAUAUUUCAAAAUACACAGACACAGAAAAGUAUAUUUUCAAAUGCAGAUAUUUAAAUACUCAAUGCAUUCGAACCCAGGUCUGUUUGGUCGUAGGGGUAUUUGAAAUAAUGUAAUUGGAAAUACAGUAUGUACGCUGUAUACUGUACAAGCCUGGGUUAAAACACAUGAGUAUUUAAGUAUUUGUUAUUUAAAUGUUUAUUUUCUGAGUAUUUAUAAAUAAUGUGGCCAAAUCAGCUACUUCUAUUUGAAGUAUUUGAAAAUAAUUUCAAAUAACCUUCUAUAAAUAGCCAAGACGAUUUACUUACAGUGCAUUCGGAAAGUAUUCAGACCUCUUCACAUUUUGUUACGUUACAGCCUUUUUCUAAAAUGGAUUAAAUCAUGUUUUUUCAUCAUCAGUCUACACACAAUACCCCAAAAUGACAAAGCGAAAACAGGUUUUUAGAAAUUUUUGCAAAUGUAUUACAAAUAAAAAACAGAAAUACCUUAUUUACAUAAGGAUUCAGACCCUUUGCUAUGAGACUCGAAAUUGAGCUCAGGUGCAUCCUGUUUCCAUUUAUAAUUUUUUAUUUUAUUGUAUUUUUAUUUAACCUUUAUUUAACUAGGCAAGUAAGUUAAGAACUAAUUCUUAUUUACAAUGAUGGCCUAAAUCCUUUAGAUGUUUCUACAACUAGAUUUUAGUCCACCUGUGGUAAAUUCAAUUGAUUGGACAUGAUUUGGAAAGGCACACACACCUGUCUAUAUAAGGUCCCAUGUUGACAGUGCAUGUCAGAGGAAAAACCAAGUCAUGAGGUUGAAGGAAUUGUCCGAGACAGGAUUGUGUCGAGGUACAGAUCUGGGGAAGGGUAUCAAAAAAUGUCUGCAGCAUUGAAGGUCCCCAAGAACACAGUGGCCUCCAUCAUUUUUAAAUGGAAGAAUUUUGGAACCACCAAGACUCUUCCUAGAGCUGGCCGCCUGGCCAAACUGAGCAAUCAAGGGAGAAGGGCCUUGGUCAGGGAGGUGACCAAGAACCCGAUGGUCACUCUGUGGAGAUGGGAGAACCUUCCAGAAGGACAACCAUCUCUGCAGCACUAAUCAGGCCUUUAUGGUAGAGUGGCCAGACGGAAGCCACUCCUCGGUAAAAGGCACCUGACAGCCCGCUUGGAGUUUGCCAAAAGGCACCUAAAGGACUCUCAGACCAUGAGAAACAAGAUUCUCUGGUCUGAUGAAACCAAGAUUAAACUAUUUGGCCUGAAUGCCAAGCAUCACGUCUGGAAGAAACCUGGCACCAUCCCUACGGUGAAGCAUGGUGGUGGCAGUAUCAUGCUGUGGAGAUGUUUUUCAGCGGCAGGGACUGGGAGACUAGUCAGGAUCAAGGGAAAGAUGAACGGAGCUAAGUACAGAGAGAUCCUUUAAUGAAAACCUGCUCCAGAGUGCUCAGGACCUCAGACUCGGGCAAGGUUCACCUUCCAACAGGACAACGACCCUAAGCACACAGCCAAGACAAUGCAGGAGUGGCUUCAGGACAAGUCUCUGAAUGUCCUUGAGUGGCCCAGCCAGAGCCCGGACUUGAACCCGAUCGAACAUCUCUGGAGAGACCUGAAAAUAGCUGUGCAGCGACGCUCCCCAUCCAACCUGACAGAGGUUAAAAGGAUCUGCAGAGAAGAAUGGGAGAAACUCCCCAAAUACAGGUGUGCCAAGUUUGUAGCGUCAUACCCAAGAAGACUCGAGGCUGUAAUCGCUGCCAAAGGUGCUUCAACAAAGUAAAGGGUCUGAAUACUUAUGUAAAUGUGAUAUUACAGUUUUUUUUUUUUUUUACAAACAUUUCUUAAAACCUGUUUUUGCUUCGCCAUUAUGGGGUAUUGUGUGUAGAUUGAUGAGGGGAAAAAACGAUUUCAUCCAUUUUAGAAUAAAGCUGUAACGUAACAAAAUGUGGAAAAAGUCUAGGGUUCUUUCCGAAAGCACAAUAUAAUGAAAUUGGUUUCAUUUACACAACAGCAAAUCUGCCUUGACAAACAAAUCUACAUUAGUGUAGCUAAUUACAGCAUUGAUCUCUUUAAGUGCUUAUCUGCAUUAUUUUCUGUUAUUAGUUGAGUCUAUGGAUUAUUUUAAAUAUCACAUUCAGAGGGAAUCUACUCCCAAUGUGCUUGAUUUAUGAUGUCGCUUUCAUUACAGUUAAUUUCAAAUAGAUUAAUUUCAACACAUUUCAGUCUUUCGGUCACAACACCAAUUACGCUGAUGAUGCAGUUAAUGACAUUUCAGCCAAAUUGCACCAUGUCAGAGGUAAUGCUUGUCAUAUUCUUGGCUGUGAAUCACAUUGCAUGUGAUACAAAGCCAGGUUCCAUGGUGAUUGGAAUAAGGAGUUCAUUCAAGCUGUUUCCUGGGUGUUUGGUCUUGGUUUAUGAUUAGUAUGGAGGAUGAGUGCAUGCUUUUAUAGUGUGGUGUGGAGUACUAAGAACACUGGCCUUUCGGACCACAGUAUUGGUGAUACAUAAAUCAACCAUAGACAGGGAAUGGUAAGCUAGCAACUACAAAUCCAGGCCUCAGCUCCCUCUAAUACACUCAUGCAAAUACAGACAGCGUGUCUCAGUGACAGCAGUGAAAGCAGAAAAAUCCCUUUUAACUUGAAUCGUCCAUUUGAUUGUCCAUCAUAGCAUCUUACGCUUAUAUUUUUUGCAAUAUCACCCAUGAAAUGUCAUCAUCUGUAGAGCUUGACUGUCAGUGAUUCUGUGUUUCUGUCUCCACCUUCUGGUGGAAUAAUGCUGUCUGUCGUGACUCUACCUCAUAUCUCACUACGCCAAUUUGAAUGCAAAUGUGCUGUGUGUGUUCUGUGUAGCCUCACCUCAUGUUAUGAAUUGGCCCGAAUUACCUUGUCUUUGAACCAUUCCACUCUGUUGUUCUGAGUACUGGAGCUUCAUAAACAACUAGAAACCCUCCAGGAAAACAGCACCAUCAGCGCUGGACAGUUGGCACUGGCAGCCCUACUGUAUUAUUGUCCCUUAAACAGGCCCCCUCUCUCUCUGCGUGUCACAAUGUGCUCUCUGUCCUCCUCUCCCCAGCUAUGGCACGGUAUACAGAGAACUGGAGCGCACCAUCCUGGGUGCCAACACACAGGAGGACCUGCAGUGGUUCAGCAACCACCAUGGCCCUGGCAUGCAUAUGAACUGGCCCAUGUUUGAGGUACUGUACUCUGCAUUACAUCAACAUAGUUGUCUGUUCAGGAAUAUUUAUAACAACAUGUAGGCUAGCAAAGGUUCAGGUAUUUAUAUACAUUUCUCCCCAGAUACAAGCAUGCAUUUUUAAUAACACAGUUCAAUACAGUUGCUUGUAGUUGGAAGAUUGUUGAUUUACUGACUGAUGUAAAAGGAAAAGUUAAGGCCAUUGGCCAGAUCUGAGUCUCCGCUUCAGUAUAGACUUUCAGAAGUAUUUAUCCUCUGCUCUGCCUUCCAGGACUACAACCCAGAUGCCACUGCUGCUGUUGUUAAAAGGGAGAAGGUGCAGAAGCCGGCUGGGGCCCCACCAACCCCCAGCACUGACCAUGUCGCACCGCCUGGAGACCGCGGCAGGUGAGAGGACCACUCCACUGGUCAAACUACUACUGACAAACACACACACACACACACACACACACACACACACACACACACACACACACACACACACACGCCAGGGUUCAUCAAUAUCUCUCAUGAUGCCAUAUAAUUUGUUUUUCUAUCUUCCUUCAAUUGAUCAGCAUCAGCACUGAUCAUGUGGCACUGCCUGGUGACCGUGGCAGGUGAGAGGACCACAACACUGAUCAAACACUACACACACCAUCUACUGCCACACACCAUCUACUGCCACACACACCAUAUACUGCCACACACACCAUCUACUGCCACACACCAUCUACUGCCACACACCAUGACUGCCACAUACCAUCUACUGCCACACACACCAUCUACUGCCAAACACCAUCUACUGCCACACACACCAUCUACUGCCAAACACCAUCUACUGCCACACACACCAUAUACUGCCAAACACCAUCUACUGCCACACACCAUUAUUUUUAUUUUUUAUUUUUAGUCAUUUAGCAGACGCUCUUAUCCAGAGCAACUUACAGGAGCAAUUAGGGUUAAGUGCCUUGCUCAAGGGCACAUCGACAGGUUUUUCACCUAGUCGGCUCGGGCAUUAGAACCAGCGACCUUUCGGUUACUGGCACAACGCUCUUAACCACUAAGCUACCUGCCGCACCAUCUACUGCCAGACUCACCAUCUACUGCCAAACACCAUCUACUGCCACACACACCAUCUACUGCCACACACCAUCUACUGCCAAACACAAUCUACUGCCACACACCAGGUACUGCCAAACACCAGGUACUGCCAAACACCAUCUACUGCCACACACACCAUCUACUGCCAAACACCAUCUACUGCUACACCGGGACCUACCCUAGUCAAACCAUUUAAAUGGCAUCAUACACCCUGGGAUCUAACAUGCCUUUUGUUUGCUGUCUCCAUUUAAUUAACUGGAUAUAUAUUGAUUAUAUAUAUGUCUUUCAUUUACUCUGUUAAUUACAGUUGCUCUAGUAUACAGUAGUCUUGUUUGUAUUUUUCAUGAAAUUCUCCUGAUCAAACCAAUGUAUCUUCCUAACCGUUCUGUUGCAGUGUGAGCAGUUAUGAAAAGAACCAGGCCUACUCCACUGAUUGGUCCGAUGAUGAGGCGCCUGCAGCCCAUUCAGGCGGUGAGACCAACGGGGGUGGGAAUGAAAACUCCUUUGAGGAAGACUCUGGCAGUGCCGGAAAAGGGGGUGCUGGGACCGGAACUGCGUCUGGGGUCCGGGUGCGUGCUCUGUAUGAUUAUGACGGACAGGAACAAGAUGAGCUCACCUUCAAAGCUGGUAAGCAACAACAACACUUCACCAUCUUUGAUGUCUCUUGAUUUGGCUACGAUGUAUUUCCAGUUUAACCCUAUUCUUGGCCCUAAGAUUUGAGUCCAACAGUGCAGUUUAGCUCAACUAUCAGUAGCUCAAUUGGUAUAGCAUGGCGCUUGUAACGCCAAGGUAGUGGGUUCGAUCCCCGGGACCACCCAUACGUAAAAAUGUAUGCACACAUGACUGUAAGUCGCUUUGGAUAAAAGCGUCUGCUAAAUGACAUAUUAUUAUUAUUAUUAUUACCACAUGGUUUAUUAUGGCCAAGCUGACUUGAUAGGGGGGUGGAGAUGAGGUCACAGGAAAUGACCUGCUAUCUUUGUGCAUUCCAUUCCAAAGCCACUCUAUUCCCAGAGGAAGAUAGUAGUGAUUAGUCAAUAAUGGCCACAUUCUACUUCCUCCAAUUACAGGCACCUGCUAGUCAUUAGCAAUUGUCUUCUGACUGUCCCUAUAUUAGAGGGUGUUAGUAGGGCCUUCAUAACAACAUGAUGCACAUCCUGCCUGAUCUUUGCUAAUAGUGACAUGAUAAAGGAAAGAACAAAGAUGUCUAAAUGUACUAUUGACCAUAAUAUUGUUCAGUCGUGGAAAGAGCAUAGAAUGCAUGUUGAUUAAGGAGAUGUACAUAUGUUCUUCACAGGUGAUGAACUGACCAAGACUGAGGAUGAAGAUGACCAAGGCUGGUGUCGAGGUCGCCUGGAUACAGGCCGAGAGGGACUGUACCCGGCCAAUUACGUUGAGGAGAUUUAAUGACCCCAGAGGAGGAGGAUAUGCCAUUGGAGGCAGCUCAGACUGUCCCAUCCAAUCGCACUGCACAUAGCCAGAGACUUACGAACAACACAUCCCUUGCCCAACAGAUGCGCCAAGCAGUCUUGACUAAAUAUAAUCUUAGUAACGUAAGAAAAGACAAUAUAUAAAUAUUAUAUUUAUCCAGUAUUUGAGGUGGGGAGGAUUUAAACACUAAAACAGGAGCAGCAUUUAUUCCAGUCUUCACAAACUCAAACAUAACAUUGAGCCAAUGCAGGGACACAUUUUGCAUAUCUGUGCUGUGUUUGAUAUAAAGAUCAUGCAGAUGAUGUAACUUUUUUUUUGCACUACAUUCUCCUGUAACAGUGUGACAAUAAUGUAACCAAUUAUACCUACCUACCCGUUUAACCAGAACAAGCUACUAAGCCUACAUUGUGUAUAUAUGGCGCCAUUUUGUGUAGCAUUUUCAAUGCUGUGUGUUCAGUCCUCAUGCUUACAUUGGGAAUGCUGUGUAUUGUUAAAAGUACCACAAAAUGUAUCCUAGAUUUUAUUAUUUAAUUUUUUGUGAUUUGGUCUAAUCCCUUUUACCAGUGUGUGCAUUGCUACAGUAUGUGUUUAUCUCUGUUUCUCAGUUGGUUUGCUGUAGCAGCAUGUGCUAUGCAACAUGCUUUCCCUAAACCUCCAAGCCAUAUUAAGGCUACAAGAUGCAACAAAUCCGCUGAUAUGAAAACCAAUGCAGAGGAUCAGAGUUCACCAUUAGACACAGACAAAGCAUUGGAAUAGCACCACAAGCUUGUGUCUGACUUCAUAGCCGGAAGUGGAGUUGGUGUAUAGACAAUUUUUCUCUCUUCCCAUCACCACCCUUGAAUCAUAACAUCUAAUUUCAAUUAAUUGCAGGGUAUUAUCUAGAAUUCUGUAUUUUCUUGGUCAGUAGGCAAGAUAUUAUCACCAGCUUUCUUUUAUUUUAUCUGUCAGUGCUGACAAGAAAGAUUUGAUUGUUCAGGUGAUGUAAUCAGGCAUAUUAAAUGUAAAUGUAGUUGUUUUCAGGAUAUAGGAAAAAUGGUUUUGAACUAUGUUCGUGUUUGAUUCUUGUCUCCUGGUAAGAUAGGGGCAUCAAUCUUGAUGGUGCCAUGCUGCAGAUCCUGGUCUUAAAAUGGGAAUGUGGACAUGAAUGUAGUUGUAGGGGCCUGGAAGGAGACAUGCUGUUUUUAACUAGGCAUGUUGUAUUCCACUGUCAUAGAGAACCCUACAAGGCAAAAAGCACUUAUGAGCCCAUUCACCUGGGGCCCGAUUCUGACUUAGGAAAUGUAUGCCCUUUCCUACACAUGCCUUUCCUAUGCACUACUCAGUAGUUGGUAUUCAUACUUACCUUGUGAAGGGGCGUCACGGGCUUUGCAGGCGUGGUUCCCUUGUGCGCGCUGAAUACAUUUAAUUCAACCGCUAAAAAAAACCUCCCACUUGCUGGCCAACAGAU